AUGGCUUCGGCGGCUCAGCCGGCUUCGACCAGUGCUGAACUGAUACUGCCGACACCAAUGAAACCGAAACCUACCUCAUUCAAGCCUGCUUCCACGCCCAAGCCCGCCACGCCAAAGCCUACCAUGCCCAAGCCCACCACUGCGCCGCAACCAACCAAGCCGCAACCCCCCAAGCCGCAACCCCCCAAGCCGCAACCCCCCAAGCCACAGCCCUCCAAGCCGCAACCAACCAAGCCGCAACCCCCCAAGCCGCAACCCCCCAAGCCGCAACCCCCCAAGCCGCAACCCCCCAAGCCGCAACCCCCCAAGCCGCAACCCCCCAAGCCGCAACCCCCCAAGCCGCAACCCCCCAAGCCACAGCCCUCCAAGCCGCAACCAACCAAGCCGCAACCCACCAAGGCGCAACCCACCACGCCGAAGCCUAGCACUCCAAUGCCCACCACGCCGACGCCAAGGACGCCGAGGCCCACCACGCCGACGCCAAGGACGCCGAGAGCAACCAGGCCGUCUCCAACAACACAGAAGCCUAGCAAGCCGAAACUUACUACGCCAAAGCCUACCAUCCCAAUGCCUACAUGGCCAAUGCCUCCAACGAUGAAACCAAGCGGAGAUUCGAGGCAACGCAUGAGUGGCGAGUCACUCAUCUGCACUGUGAGCGUGGUGGGACAGGAUAGGCUCAGCGUUCCACAGGACGGCCUCUGCGACUUCCUGUUCUACGACUCUCUCUACCGCCCGCAAGGCGACACUCUGGUGAAGGAGCCGGGCGCGCCGCUAGUAAAGUUCCUGAGUACCGCCGCCAUCUCCAAAAAGACGGACCACGGCUGCUCUGUGGAUAUAGAGUGA